CCCUAUAUCUUACUCCCGCCUGCACUGCCCAACCAGCCCUAUAUCUUUACCCUGCCCUGCACUGCCCAGCCAGCCCCACAUCUUUACCCCGCCCCUGCACCGCCCAACCAGCCCUAUAUUCAUCUGCCCCACUGCCCAGCCAGCCCCACAUCUUUACCCCGCCUGCACCUGCCCAACCAGCCCUAUAUCUUUACCCCGCCCUGCACUGCCCAACCAGCCCUAUAUCUUUACCCCGCCCUGCACUGCCCAACCAGCCCCACAUCUUUACUCCUGCCCUGCACUGCCCAACCAGCCCCACAUCUUACUCCUGACCUGCACUGCCCAACCAGCCCCACAUCUUUACCCCCGCCCUGCACUCGCCCAACCAGCCCCAUAUCUUUACUCCCCGCCCUGCACUGCCCAACCAGCCCCACAUCUUUACCCCGCCUGCACUGCCCAACCAGCCCCACAUCUUUACCCUGGCCCUGCACUGCCCAACCAGCCCCAUAUCUUUUUACCCCCCCCUGCACUGCCCAACCAGCCCCAAUAUCUUACUUCCCGCCCCUGCACUGCCCAACCAGCCCCAACAUCUACCCGCCCUGCACUGCCCAACCAGCCCCAUAUCUUACCCCGCCCUGCACUGCCCAACCAGCCCCAGACAUCUUUACCCCGCCUGUACCUGCCCAACCAGCCCCACAUCUUUACCUCUCUCCCGCCUGCACUGCCCAACCAGCCCCACAUCUUACCCCCGCCCCUGCACUGCCCAACCAGCCCCACAUCUUACCCCGCCCCUGCACUGCCCAGCCAGCCCCACCAUCUUACCUAUUCCUGCACUGCCCAACCAGCCCUAUAUUUUACCCCGCCCUGUCUGCCCAACCAGCCCCACAUCUUUACCCCGCCCUGCCUGCCCAACCAGCCCCACAUCUUUACCCGCCUCUGCACUGCCCAACCAGCCCUAUAUCUUACCUCCCGCCCUGCACUGCCCAACCAGCCCCACAUCUUUACCCCGCCCUGCACUGCCCAACCAGCUCCCACAUCUUACCCCGCCCUGCACUGCCCAACCAGCCCCACAUUUUACUCCCCGCCCUGCACUCGCCCAACCAGCCCCACAUCUUUACCCCCGCCUGCACUGCCCAACCAGCCCCCACAUCUUUACCCCCGCCCUGCACUGCCCAACCAGCCCCAUAUCUUUACCCCGCCUGUACUGCCCAACCAGCCCCACAUCUUUACCCCCGCCCUGCACUGCCCAACCAGCCCUAUAUCUUUACCCCGCCCUGCACUGCCCAACCAGCCCCACAUCUUACCCCGCCCCUGCACUGCCCAACCAGCCCCACAUCUUUACCCCGCCUGCACUGCCCAACCAGCCCCACAUCUUUACCCCGCCCCUGCACUGCCCAACCAGCCCCACAUCUUUACCUCCCGCCCACUGCCCAACCAGCCCCACAUCUUUUACUCCUGCCCUGCACUGCCCAACCAGCCCAUAUCUUUACCCCCGCCCUGCACUCGGCCCAACCAGCUCCCACAUCUUUACCCGACUCCCCACUGCCCAAACCAGCCCCACAUCUUUACCCCGCCCUGCACUGCCCAACCAGCCCCACAUCUUUACUCCCGCCCUCCCCACAUCUUUACCCCCCGCCCUGCACUGCCCAACCAGCCCCACAUCUUUACCCCCGCCCUCUGCACUGCCCAGCCAGCCCCACAUCUUUACCCCGCCCUGCACUGCCCAACCAGCCCCAUAUCUUCACUCCCGCCUGCACUGCCCCAACCAGCCCCAUAUCUUUACCCCGCCCCUGCACUGCCCAGCCAGCCCCCACAUCUUUACCCCGCCCUGCACUGCCCAACCAGCCCCACAUCUUUACUCCCGCCCGCACUGCUUCCAGCCAGCCCCACAUCUUUACCCCGCCCUGCACUGCCCAACCAGCCCCAUCUUUACCCGCCUGCACUGCCCAACCAGCCCCAUAUCUUACCCCGCCCUGCACUGCCCAACCAGCCCCAUAUCUUUACCCCCGCCCCUGCACUGCCCAACCAGCCCCACAUCUUACUCCUGCCCUGCACUCCCCACAUCUUACCUCCUGCCCUGCACUGCCCAACCAGCCCCACAUCUUUACCUCCUGCCCUGCACUGCCCAACCAGCCCCACAUCCCAUCUCUGCCCUGCACUGCCCAACCAGCCCCACAUCUUUACCCCCGCCCUGCACUGCCCAACCAGCCCCACAUCUUACCCCCGCCCCUGCACUGCCCAGCCAGCCCCACAUCUUUACUUCCCGCUCCUGUACCUGCCCAAACCAGCCCUAUAUCUUUACCCCGCCCUGCACUGCCCAACCAGCCCCAUAUCUUUACCUCCCGCCCCUGCACUGCCCAGCCAGCCCCACAUCUUUACCCCGCCCUGCACUGCCCAACCAGCCCCACAUCUUUACUCCGCCCUCACUGCCCAGCCAGCCCCACAUCUUACUUCCCGCCCUGCACUGCCCAACCAGCCCCAUAUCUUUACCCCGCCCUGCACUGCCUAA